UUUUGGACGGAUGUAAAAAACCAAAGUAUACGCGCGAUCUCGCGUCCUACGAUCAAUAAAAAGCGAAAGGACAGAUCAUCAAAAUCCAAAUGCCUCUCGUAUUGAGAAAUUGUCCUCAUCUCGCCAAUCGUGGUGAUCUCUCAUUUAUUGAGACCGUCGUGUCUCAAAAGGAAGGAUUCGUAAGAUGUAGCGAGUGUCAUACGGACGGGCCUAAUUUAUGGUUAUGCUUGUUUCCUGAUUGUCGUUGGAUCGGAUGUGCAGAGACGCACUUGGAUCAUGGCACUGAACAUAACCAAAAAUUUCCUAAUCAUUGUGCUCAUAUGAAUCUUUCUACAAAUCGUAUAUGGUGUUACGCUUGCAAAAGAGAAGUUAUAACUACAUUGUGUGGAUGCGCACCUACACAGUCAGAUAUUAAAGCACAGAGUAAUAAGUUUUCCGGUGAUGCUCCUUGUAAUGUGGAUUGCAAGACUGAUGACCUUAAUAGGCUCAUAUUGGAUAAAUUUUAUGGUGAACUCAUGAACAGAGUUAAUAAUGAAAAAGAUGGGUCAUUUCAUGAGAAGUCUGGAGAUUCUCCAGAUAGUACGGAUUUGGAUGAAAGCAAAGACUUUUCUGGGAAACCAAGAGGGCUUGUUGGCCUUCAAAACAUUGGAAAUACAUGCUACAUGAAUGCAGCUCUACAAGCUUUAUCUAAUGUACCUCCUUUGACUCAAUUCUUUCUGGAUUGUGGUCAUAUGGUUAGCUAUAUGUCCAAAGAUAGGAAACCUGGUUUAAGCUUAAGCUAUCUGAAUCUUAUUCGAGACAUGUGGAAUAGGAAAACAAGAGGAUAUGUUAUACCACAUGGAAUACUGUCUGGCAUUAGAACAGUUCAUCCCAUGUUCAGAGGAUACCAUCAACACGACACUCAAGAAUUUUUAAGGUGUUUUAUGGAUCAGUUGCAUGAAGAAUUGAAAGACCAUAUAGAAGAUGAUUGUGAUAAUGCAUUAAGAUUAACAGGGCUUGGAGAGCAGUCAUCAGACGAGGAUGAAACUGAAAUCGAUGGUAACGGUUCUAGCCAGUCUGAUGCUGAAUACGAAACGUGCGAUUCUGGUGUAAGCGAGCAAAGUUCCCUCAGCGAUGAAGGUGAACGCGGUAUGAAAAGAAGGUACUCUCGGGUGUCUCAGUCGGAAAAACUAAGGAGUAAAUUUACAAACAGAAGUAUCAAAAAGUCAACUGUGGAUCAACCUUUUUCUCCGCCACAAAGGUCGACGCAAAACUCACCCGUUAAGUACAGAACUAAGAAGCAAAUGAAAACUAGAAGUAUCAUUAGCGACAUAUUUGAUGGUAAACUACUAAGUAGCGUGCAAUGUCUAACUUGUGAUAGAAUUUCAACUAGGGUAGAAACUUUUCAAGAUUUAUCAUUACCCAUUCCAAGCAGAGAUCACAUUGAUAUGUUGCAUCAGGGAUCUCUCACUCCACAAAAGGCAGGGCCUUGUUCAGAUGUUGUGUAUGUAACUAAUCAAUCUGGUUGGUUGUCCUGGUUCUUGCAAUGGAUGCGUUCAUGGUUUUGGGGGCCAGUUGUUAGUCUUCAUGACUGCCUCUCUGCAUUUUUUAGCGCGGACGAGCUCAAAGGAGACAAUAUGUAUAGUUGUGAAAAAUGUAACAAGCUGCGCAAUGGAAUUAAAUUUUCCAAAGUCUUGGAACUACCAGAGAUACUCUGUGUUCAUUUGAAAAGGUUUCGUCAUGAAUUAAUGUUUAGUUCAAAAAUAGCAAAUUAUGUUUCAUUUCCAUUAGAAGGAUUAGACAUGCGACCGUACUUGCACAAAGAAUGCGUGUCUAAAGUAACCAUGUAUGACUUAAUAUCAGUCAUUUGUCAUCAUGGAACUGCAGGUGGUGGUCAUUAUACCUGUUACGCAUUAAAUCCUGUUGUCAAUAAAUGGUUCGAGUUCGAUGAUCAGUGCGUUACAGAAGUCUCGCCGGAAACUGUGAAGCAUUGCGAGGCUUAUGUAUUGUUUUACAAAAAAUGGUCCCCGGAAAUGUUGCAAUUACGCGAUAAGACUAUGGAAUUGAUGGAAAUCUCGUCUCGCGAAUUAUCUGAUUUAAAUUUCUUUGUAUCUCGACAGUGGAUAAAUCGUUUUAACACAUUCUCAGAGCCAGGACCCAUAGACAACUCUGACUUUCUUUGUCCACAUGGUGGUGUUAAUCCUGUUAGAGCACAAUUUGUAGAUAAGCUCAGUAUGCCCAUUCCACAAGCAGUUUGGGAAUAUUUAUACAAUACAUUCGGAGGAGGUCCAGCAUGUACACACUUAUACGAAUGCCCGAUUUGCGAAGAAAAGUACGAAUCGUUACAAAAAAGGAGACAAUAUGAAAUGGAAGUAUUUCAACGAUUAACUCACAAUACUGAUAAUCCAACUGCUAUUUAUGGAUUAGCUAUGGCAUGGUUGCGACAAUGGCAAAGUUUCGUUCGGGGAAAAGAAACACAACCACCUGGACCUAUCGAUAACAACUCUAUUAUAGUAAACAAAAAUGGUCAGAAUGUCCUUAAAGUGGGUUCUGAUUAUGGACAAAUACCAGAAGAACUUUGGCAGUUUUUUGUGUCCACGUAUGAUGGAGGACCAGAAUUAAUGUUGCAUUCAUGUCAAAGACCUGUUUCUGCUCAAUCAAACGUAUCAAUACAUUCCACAUCAAAUUCGAAUUUGGAUCAGACUUUUAAAAUCAGUCGCACAGAGGCUAAAUCCAAUAAGCUGUGUACUACUAGAAGUUCUGAAACGAUAUCACAACAAGACAGUGCUAUCGAAAGUUUAACAUCAGAUAGUGACUCUCAUCAAACGCAAAGGGAUGUCAGUGAGUAAAAUAAUCGCUUUGACAUUCCGAAACUGUGUAUAAAAAUUUGCAUUUCCACGUGAACGUUACAGUUACAAUUAUAUAAAAGAAU